CUGCCUUCCUUGGUGCGGCCUUCAUCAGUUCUCAACCAUCCCCCACUAUGCAAAACAUGGCUAGCUCUUUUGUUGGGUUCUUUUUGUUCUUUGCUCUCUUGGUUGGCCAUGGAAUUGUGGAGCUUGAAGCUUCACACCAUGUUUACAAAAACCUUCAAACGGUUCAAUCUACUGCAUCAACAAAUCAACCUUACAGAACUGGAUAUCAUUUUCAACCUCCCAAGAAUUGGAUAAAUGAUCCUAAUGGACUAAUGAUUUACAAGGGACUUUACCACCUGUUCUACCAAUACAAUCCAAAAGGUGCAGUGUGGGGCAACAUUGUCUGGGCUCACUCUACAUCAAAAGAUCUUGUGAAUUGGAUCCCUCAUGAGCCGGCCAUCUACCCAUCCCAGCCAUCUGAUAUCAAUGGUUGCUGGUCUGGUUCAGCAACAAUCCUCCCUGGUGGCAAACCAGCUGUGCUUUACACUGGAAUUAACCCCAAAAACAGUCAAGUCCAGAAUCUGGCCGUGCCCAAGAAUUUAUCUGACCCUUACCUUAGAGAAUGGGUAAAGUCAGUAAAAAACCCUGUGAUGCAACCCACUGUUCAGAAUCAGAUUAAUGCAAGUUCAUUCAGAGAUCCAACAACUGCCUGGUUAGGCCCUGAUAAGAAAUGGAGGGUGAUCAUUGGAAGCAAAAUUAACCGCCAGGGCUUAGCCAUUCUUUACAAAAGCAAAGAUUUUGUCAAUUGGGUUGAAGCCCAAACCCCUUUGCAUUCUGGCAAGGACACUGGAAUGUGGGAAUGCCCUGACUUUUACCCUGUUUCAGUUAGCGGCAAAAAUGGUGUUGAUACAUCUCUUAAUGGUCCAUCUAUCAAGCAUGUGCUUAAGGUCAGCUUAGAUGAUACCAAGCAUGAUUAUUAUACUAUUGGCUCAUAUGAUAAUGUCAAGGACAUCUACACACCAGAUGAAGGAUCUGUGGAGGGUGAUUCAGGCUUGAGAUAUGAUUAUGGCAAAUAUUAUGCUUCGAAAACUUUCCUAGACAGUGUGAAGAACAGGAGAAUCUUAUGCGCUUGGAUUAAUGAAUCAUCAAGUGUUGCCGAUGAUAUCAAGAAAGGAUGGUCUGGAGUUCACGCAAUUCCUAGGAAAAUAUGGCUGGACGAAUCUGGAAAACAAUUGGUGCAAUGGCCAGUAGUAGCAAUAGAAAAGCUACGUGCAAACCACGUAAGCUUGCCAAGCAAAUUGCUCAAUGGAGGAUCAGUUAUUGAAGUUUCCGGUGUCACUGCUGCACAGGCAGAUGUUGACAUUUCAUUUGAGAUUUCUGACCUGGAGAAAGCUGAAGUGCUAAAACCAAGUUGGACCAACCCACAGCUCCUAUGCAGCCAAAAGGGUGCAUCAGUUAGAAGUAGUCUUGGUCCAUUUGGGUUGCUAGUUUUGGCUUCAAAGGGUCUAAAGGAGAACACCGCAGUGUUCUUCAGAAUAUUCAAAGGCCAGAACAAAUAUGUGGUGCUAAUGUGCAGUGACCAAAGCAGAUCCUCCCUAAACCAAGAUAACGAUAAGACAACAUAUGGGGCUUUCCUGGACGUAGACCCUCGUCAUCAAAAGUUGUCAUUGAGGAGUUUGAUAGAUCAUUCCAUAGUGGAGAGCUUUGGUGGAGGUGGCAAAGCGUGCAUCACGGCCAGAGUUUAUCCCACCUUGGCAAUUAACAGCGCUGCCCACUUGUAUGUUUUCAACAAUGGAAGUGAGGCAGUAAAGAUUGCAGAGUUGAAUGCUUGGAGCAUGAAAAGAGCCAAAAUCAAUUGAAAUAGUUCCAAGAAUAUGUAAAGGAUUAAGAGCCGAGAAUGGCAAAUGAUAACAUUUAGAUGGAUUUAUUAUUGCAAUAAAGAAAUAAAGAGACACGGAUUGAUGUUAUUCCGAAUCA